AUAUGUAUGUAUAAUAUCGUGAGUUCAAUCUUUGAUUCAUUGUUGUUUCCCGCGUGUCGUGUUGCUGUAUAUAUCUAUAAAUGUAUCUGUGAGUCUGUGUAAAUAUUUAAAAGUAUCUAUGCUAAUUGCUAUUGUUAUUAGCUUUAGUAUAUUUAUAUGAGUGUAUCUAUAUCUAUCUAUAAUAAAUAAUUGUAGAAGAUAAAAAGUGAAAUAGAAAAAAAGAAGAAAAAUAAAUUGUGAUUGUGUGGCUUAAUUCUAUUACCGGUGCUACUGUAUAAGUAAAAAAAAUAUCAGUUAAAGCCAAAUAGCCUUUUUUCUACAUUCCAACCUCAGGGUAUACCAACCUAUUAGACAAAAAAAUUUGUAUACAAACAAACAAAAUAUAAAACAUUUGUAAAUCUACCCGGUAAAUAUUGAAAGAAAUCAGCAAAAUUAAUAACAACAACAAUAACAUUCGGAGUAGCAGAGGUGUGACAAUGCGUGAGAAAAAAGGCGGCGCAUUGCAGAAACUUAAGAAGAGGCUAUCCCACAGUUUUGGAAGAUUAACAAUUUCAAGAGAGGACGGCGACGAAUCACACCACCAUCAUCAUCAUCACCAUCUCCAUCACAGGGGUGGUCAUGGACACAAUCACGGUAGCAAAGUUCCCUACAAUGGAUACAACUCCGAGGAGUUUCUGGACAGACUGGAGCCGAAUGGUAACAUCCCAGCCGAUAAAUCAAAUUGUAGAUACGGGGAUCGGGAACUGGCAAAUAACGAAAAGAAACAAGACUGGCGAAGUGGCGUGAAUGACCACGAUCGAGUACAGCGACAAUUGUCCGUAUCAUCAGACAGUAAAUUACUCGACGACGAUAUCAGGGAAGAAACACGAGUCAUAAUGAGACCAAAAAAACCGCCCAGACCUAAAUCGGAAGUGUUUUUAAAUAAACAGGACCCGCAUCCAAGACGAAAACGUUUCAGUGCAUUUGGGGGUGAUUCACCGUUCGGCAAAUCGGAUGCGUAUAUCAAAUUAGAACAACUAGGCGAAGGGUCAUAUGCAACUGUCUACAAGGGUUUUAGCAAUUUAACCCACCAAAGAGUUGCACUAAAAGAAAUUAGACUGCAGGAGGAGGAGGGUGCCCCAUUCACAGCGAUUCGUGAAGCCUCGCUACUCAAAGAACUGAAACACUCAAAUAUUGUUACAUUACACGAUAUUGUACAUACGAGAGAAACGUUAACUUUUGUUUUUGAAUAUGUUAAUACGGAUUUAUCACAAUAUAUGGAAAAACAUCCGGGCGGUCUGGAUCAUCGUAAUGUGCGUUUAUUUUUGUUUCAAUUGCUGCGCGGUCUGUCGUAUUGCCACAAACGUCGUGUACUGCAUCGCGAUGUGAAGCCACAAAAUUUACUCAUAAGCGAUGCUGGUGAAUUGAAACUUGCCGAUUUCGGUUUGGCAAGAGCCAAAAGUGUUCCAAGCCAUACAUAUUCACAUGAAGUGGUAACGUUAUGGUACCGUCCACCAGAUGUCCUUCUUGGUAGCACCGAGUAUUCAACAUCGUUGGAUAUGUGGGGUGUGGGGUGUAUAUUCGUUGAAAUGGUCACAGGGAUGCCAACAUUCCCCGGUAUUCGAGAUACGUACGAUCAGUUGGAUAAGAUAUUCAAAUUGCUUGGCACGCCGACAGAGGAGACGUGGCAGGGUGUAACACAUUUCCCCGGAUACAAACCGCAUAAAUUAGGUUUUUAUAGGUCGCGUAAAUUAGGUCAUAGUUUUCCUAGGUUGUACGAUAUUAUUGAAGGAGAAGCGAUAGCGAAUGCCUUUCUGCAAUUGAAUCCUGAAGAGAGGAUAGGUGCAGAGGACGCAUUGCAACACUCGUAUUUUGCACAGUUGCCAAAAAAAUUAUACGAACUACCCGAUGAAACAUCGAUUUUCACCGUUGAAGGUGUGCAUUUGUAUCCAGAGCCUAAUCGGCAAAAUAAAUGAAAAUUAAAGCAAGUUCUAUCCCUGGAUGGUGUUCGUCACUACUGUUAACAGCAGCCAUAUACAUAAAUAUAUUAAAAAAUAAAACAAAACAAAAAUAAAAAAUCUAAAUAAAAUAAUAUUUUUUAAUUUAAUUUAAACAAAAAAAAAAAAAAAACAUAGAGAAAGGAAAUUAAAUCAUUUAAUUCGAUUUAAAACAAAAAAUGAAAAAAAAAAAACUAGAGAAUGAAUGGAAUCAGAAAAGGAAAUCAAAAAAUAAAAUUGAUAAUGAAGUCCUUGUAACUUCUGCGCUGGAUCUUCGAUAACUUCAAAAGUAAUACUGAA